CAAAAUGACAUCCAUGCCAUUGAUAAAAUGGAUUUCCUAUCUAACUACACCAAAAUCCAUGCUCAUGCAUUCUCAAAGGCCAAUAUACUAAAUGGAUUUGCAGCUGCUGGUCUUAUUCCUUUUAAACCAGAGAGAGUGCUUGCAAAACUCCAUAUCAAAAUGAAGACACCAACACCACUUUCCUGUCUGAGCAGCAAUCAAUCCUUUUAUUUAGGAAGGACACAGUCUGUAUCCUCAGUGGCUGCAGAGCAGAUGCUUGAAAAAGUCAUUAAGGGUGCAGAGAUGGCAAUGCAGAAUUCUAUCCUGAGCUUUUAUUCAAGAUGGAGGGAGUUUGACUGGUGAUGAAGGGUUGCAAAUAUUGAGAGAACGGGAGAGGCAAGAAGAGCCAGCACGAUGCAGCAAUUGCAAUAAAGAAGGUCAUAAUAGAUU